GUUAAUAGUCGAUAUCGAAGAAGCUUCAACUGGCUGUGGUCGCGAGGCAAUCCAUUCCUUACUCCGACGUUGAGGCUCUACCGAGUUCCUUUUUACCUUCUGUAAGUCCAAAGUGAUUGCUGGUUGACCCCGGCAAAGCAUCCGGCUACACCAACACUUCGCCGGCUUCUUGGUUAAACGGAACGUGUCCUCUCGAUUCGAAAGCCUACAGCAACUUGAAGACAUCGACACACAACCAACCUCCUUACAACGAUUCAACCAACCCUUUCGGUUCCUGGGCAAAUAGGAACUACGCGUGAUACGGCCUCCACGAUACCUCUUCUAAACGAUAUUCGGAGAAAAAUUGCCCUUCAUGAAUCUCUUCCGAAUUGCGGGAGACCUCUCCCAUCUCAUAUCCAUCUUCAUUUUACUUCACAAGAUGCGUAUAUCGAAGAGUUGCAUAGGAAUAUCGUUCAAAUCUCAGGUUUUGUAUCUCAUUGUUUAUGUCACACGUUAUCUAGAUUUACUAUGGACCUUCCAGCACUCGGUUUACAAUAGCUUGAUGAAGAUCAUCUUCAUCGGCUCGUCGGCAUACACAAUUUACCUCAUGUUGAAUGACUUUAAGCCAACGCACGAUCCAAACAUUGACACGUUCAAAGUCGAGUACCUCAUUGGUGGAUCGGCAAUCUUGGCCCUACUGUUUCCUUACAAGUGGACGACAGCAGAGGUUCUUUGGUCGUUUAGCAUCUGGCUCGAAAGUGUGGCCAUUCUGCCCCAGCUUUUCAUGCUACAACGAACUGGUGCGGGAGAAACGAUAACAACACAUUAUAUUUUCGCGCUGGGCGCAUACCGGGCAUUGUACAUCCCGAAUUGGCUGUAUCGGUACUUUAUGGAAAACUACACAGAUCCCAUCGCCACAGUAGCGGGUAUUAUUCAGACCAUCCUCUAUUCUGACUUCUUCUACAUCUACUAUACCACAGUAUCGAAGGGUCGCAAGUUCGAGCUACCAGUCUAAAAUACUGCUCGAUAAGGUAGUACGCGCUACUCACUUACCGUGUGUGCGUGUCGUGCAUCUGACCACGGGGGGGAUUCAGAGUUGUUCAGGAUACUGUAUCCGUGAUAUAUAUAAAAAGCUGUGGGUAUAAAAACUUUCAUUGAGCUGUAGGUCUAUUUUUUUUAUUACUUGGUCUCUUGUUCAAAUAUUCUUGGCAGUCUGGUUCCAUGUAGCACACCACCUGUAAUUCCUGGGUGGAGGGGUUGCUGGGGUAUGGGAUGUGCCGAGAGAUUUGACGGGCGAGAAAGUGUGGGCGCAUUUUGUCUUUUAGGUCCGAUGGAUGGUUCAGCCGGAUGCGGGGGGAACGCUCAUGGGAGGGCGUAAGCGGAAACGUGUGGGUUUGAAGUUACCGUAUUCAUUUUUUUUUUUAUAGAGGGUUCGUGGGAACAGUGAAUAAAAAAGAAAAAGACUUAGUGUAAGAAAUAAA